CGUUUUCAGCUACGUUAUAUCCAGAUGUGGUUUGGUAGCUGACUUAUCUAGCUAACACUAGAUUUCACAUCACUUCACAUCACGUCGAUUAAAAUUAGGAUGAUGAGGACAGCUUGGCCAAUACAAAACUACACCAAGCGCAAAUCAUAUGCCUCAGAGAUUGUAUGUCACCUCUAACCGGCAUUGCUAGCUACCAUACUCAUGAUGCGAGGAGCUGUCGGCAGCAUUCUGUCUUCCCAUCACGGUACCCCAACUUUCUCCUGAAUUGAGGUAACUAUUCGUCUGCUACAAUUUUUUUUACAACAGUGCAACAAAAGACUACGACGGUGAGUGAUCCGAAUCGAGAAAAGGAAUUUUAAUCUUUGAACUCUGUUGCCAUGGCACCCCACCCCGCGGUCCAGGCCGCCAUAGACCUGACCGCUGGAGCAGUAGGUGGUACAGCAUGUGUGUUUAGUGGACAGCCCCUGGAUACAGCCAAAGUGAAGAUGCAGACCUUUCCAAAACUGUACCGUGGAUUUCUGGACUGUUUUGCAUCUACCUAUCGACAGGUGGGUUGGCGUGGUCUGUACCAGGGAACGACGCCGGCGCUGGUCGCCAACAUCGCAGAGAACUCGGUGCUCUUCAUGAGCUAUGGCUUCUGUCAGGAGGUGGUGCGCCUGUUAGCCGGCACGUCAAGCGGAGAGGCACUCAGUGAUGUGCAGAAGGCGUGUGCUGGGUCGGUGGCGUCCAUCUUCUCCUCGCUGGUUCUCUGUCCAACCGAACUGGUCAAGUGUCGUCUGCAGGCCAUGCAUGAAAUGGCCGCCUCUGGCAAAAUCACCGUCACUCAGAAUUCUGUCUGGUCAGUGGUGCGGUCCAUCUGGACUCUGGAGGGCCCGCAGGGUUUCUUCCGGGGUCUGACCACCACCGUCGCCCGAGAGGUGCCCGGGUACUUCUGUUUCUUCGGCGCCUACGAGAUGAGCCGCAGCGCCUUCGCCGACCACUUCAGAUGCGCCAAGGAAGACAUCGGUGUCGCUCCUAUCGUCUUCAGUGGGGGGUUUGGGGGGGCGUGUCUGUGGCUGGUGGUCUACCCUAUGGACUGCAUAAAGUCACGGAUCCAGGUGAUGUCUAUGACGGGGCGACAGCAAGCCGGCUUCUUCAGGACCUUCACAGGAGUACUCAGAACAGAGGGAGUGAGGGCUCUCUACUCAGGCCUGACCCCGACCAUGCUGAGAACUUUUCCUGCAAAUGGCGCCCUCUUCCUGGGCUACGAGGCCAGCCGCAAGCUCAUGAUGGAGAGAUUCGACCACUGAGAGGGUGUGUGUGUGUGUGUGUGUCCCAGACUAACGUGCACACUCCCAGACCGUGGCAGGGUUGAAACAUAACUCCUUAUUUCAUAUGUUCCAGGGUUGAAACAUAAAUACGCCACUCCUUAUUUCAUAUGUUCCAGGGUUGAAACAUAAAUACGCACUCCUUAUUUCAUAUGUUCCAGGGUUGAAACAUAAGCACUCCUUAUUUCAUAUGUUCCAGGGCUAAAACACAAGUGUGUGUGUGUCUGUCUGUAUGUGUGUCUGUGUAUGUGUGUGUGUGUGGAUCAGAUAAUGUGAUUAAUGGAUCCUGGGACUACCCACAAACGUAUCAGUCUUACCUCGUACCUCAUUUUCAAGGGUUGGGGUUAGUAUUGAAAUGUCAGUAUAGUAGUCUUUCAUUUCAGGACAUUAGUCAUCACUCAUCGAUAAUACCUCCUAUUUAUUUUAAUCCUAAUAUAGGAAUUAUUGCAUUAAGAACACUUUUCUUGUAAUUGUUUUGUAGUAUUUUUGGUGAAAAAGAAAUUCAACUUUACAAUGUUGGGAACUGGGCUAAUGAUGGCACUAUAUAUAAUAAUAAUAAUAAUAAUAAUAAUAAUGAAGGAUAGCUCUAUAUACGGUUGUGAUUGUGCUUUAAAGGUCCCUAACCCUAACCCUAACCCUUUAAAGGUACACACAACAGUUCUGAGUACA